ACCUGUAUCAGCAGAGAGCGACGCUAAGGAGAAGAGUAAUGUUCUCUCCCUAUCUCCACAGUAGGUUUGGCUGGUACUUGGCCAAUCCGUUGGCAACGCCUUUAUUAGUUCCAGAGUCACCAGCCAGAGCAGACGGUCAAUAAAGAAUAUACUUAUCAGUUGAUAUAAAGUGUUUUUCAUUCAGUGGGAGAUCGUGGUCUUUACACUGGCGACGAGGAUAAAACCGGAGAUUAAGUUUGUGCUAACCCUUUUGCAAGAAAAAGAUAAUCAAAUCGAUUAAAUCAGCAAACGUGAAGUGUGCAAAAGAAAUGAAUAAUUAUGACGGAGCUGAAACCUUUUCUAUGCCAGGCGAUGGACAAGGCACUAUGGCGUACGGAGUGGGAAAUGUGGCUGCGCGCAUUUACUAUAUAUGUGGACACGGAGGAGAUCACAAAUGUAUAUAAAAAGAGGAAUAAACUCCUUCACUUGGGUGGACCUCAGCUUCAGGCGGUUGUGUAUAGCAUUCCCGGCGCCUUGAUACCAUACGACGACAAGGCUAAAAAUGACGUGUUUACUCCUUUGGUAAGCAAACUAAAUGAGUAUUUUUCACCGCUGCGAAAUUCCGCGUUCGAAAGGCACCUGUUUCGAUCGAUGACACCGGUGGAAGGAGAAGGUUUUACGGAGUUUUUACUUAGAUUACGCCAACAAAUCGCUAAGUGUUCAUUUGGGGAGACUAAGAGACAAAUCGAAGAAAUCUGUUUAAUCGACAAAAUUAUUGAUGUCUGGGCCCCAUUAGACUUAAAGAAGAAAUUGCUUGAAAAUGAGCAAACUUUGGAGGAGGUCGUAAAAACAUGUUGCAUAGAUGAGCAAGUAAACAAACAAACGCAGUCUAUGGCCGCACCAACUACCGCAAGCAGCAUUAACAAAAUUAUACAGCACGACACGGGUAUGGAGUGCGGAAGAUGUGGUAGAAGAGGGCAUCGGGAAAACAGCGCGGAAUGCCCCGCUAGGAACAUGAGGUGCAGGAAAUGCGAUAGACUUGGGCAUUUUUAUAAGAAAUGCCGUACGAGGGUACGAAAAUCAAACUUCGGUAUGGAAGAACCGGAUCGAAAACGGCGACGUCAGGGAAAUACUAGGAUACAAUCAAUAAGUAAUGAAACUCAAAAUGAGUAUGGCGAUUCAAAGUCUACCAACCUGUUUAGAGUAGCAACUGAGCAAUCCGGCGAGGAAGAGAUUCGGUGUAAGAUAAGUGGUCACACGGUCGCUAUGAUUAUUGAUUCGGGCUCAAAGUAUAACCUAAUCAGUCAUUCGGAUUGGCAACAAUUGCGCGAGGGAAAAGCAGUCAUAUUUAACGCUCGCACAGAAUCAGUAAACCAAUUUAGAGCUUAUGCCUCAGACCGUCUUCUCAAGGUAUUACAAAUUUUCGAAGCACCGAUUUCGGUACGGAACGAUUCUGAACUGAUUGCUACUUUUUACGUUAUUGAAAAUAGUAAACAAUCUUUAUUAGGACGUGACACAGCUAUAAAACUCAACGUCUUAAGACUGGGACUAAGCGUACAUAGAGUUGAAAAAGUUGAACCGUUUCCCAAAUGGCGUGACGUUUCAGUCAAACUUUCGAUUGACGAAUCCAUUACUCCCAUCCAACAACCCAUUAGGCGUGUACCGACAGCGUUGGAAGAAAAAAUUGAUAAAAAACUCGAAGAAGCAUUAAGCAUGGACAUUAUUGAACCCGUAUCUGGCCCAAGCGCCUGGAUAUCACCUUUGGUUAUUGCAUUUAAAGAUGAUGGUGAUAUUCGUUUAUGCAUAGAUAUGCGGCGUGCAAAUAAAGCUAUUCAGAGAGAAAACUACCCAUUGCCAACUUUUGAUAAUUUUAUGACUAAACUAAGAGGUGCCAAACAUUUUUCAAGGCUCGACCUAAAAAACGCCUAUUAUCAAUUGGAAUUGGCCGAAUCCAGCAGAGGAAUUACAACAUUUAUAACGCACCGUGGUUUAUUUCGAUACAAACGCUUAAUGUUUGGGGUGAACUCGGCACCUGAAAUAUUCCAAAGGUUGAUGGAAAAACUCUUAUCUCCUUGUCAAAAUGCCUUAAACUACAUUGACGACAUAAUAGUCUUUGGGAGCAAUAUGGAAGAACAUGACGCAGCUCUAAAAAUGGUAAGGACAAUUUUGGAAAAUAAUAAUGUCUUGCUGAACGAAAGGAAAUGUACACUAAGAGCUCAGAAAUUAAAAUUUUUAGGCCACAUUUUGUCCGAUCAAGGGAUCGAAGUUGACCCAGAAAAAGUUAAGGUUAUUACUGAGUUCAGAGCUCCCAAAAAUAAAGAAGAAAUACGCAGUUUCCUUGGUCUAGCUACAUACGUGGCUAAAUUUGUGGUUGACUUGGCAGACAGUACUGAGCCAUUAAGGAAAUUACUAAAGAGUCAUGAACCAUUUGCUUGGGGUAAAGAGCAGGAUGAAGCAUUUAAAAUAUUAAAAGAAAAAAUUGCGGCAGUACCAAAACUCUCAUACUUUAACCCUAAAGACAAAACCUGUUUAAUUGCGGAUGCUAGUCCGGUGGCUCUUGGUGCUGUUUUAGUACAGUUUGACAAAUCUAACAGCCCACGAAUAAUAUCAUUUGCCAGCAAGAGUCUUUCACCGGUAGAAAAGAGAUAUUCGCAAACCGAAAAGGAAAGCCUGGCGUUAGUGUGGGGUGUGGAAAAAUUUUAUUUUUAUUUGGCUGGUUUAAAAUUUGACUUAAUAACUGAUCACAAGCCGUUAGAAACGACCUUUAAACCAACAUCGCGACCCCCGGCUAGAAUUGAAAGGUGGUUGCUGAGGCUACAAUCUUACCGUUUUCAUGUUAUUUAUAAAACGGGAAAAGAAAAUAUUGCUGACUCGCUGUCAAGACUGUGCCAACAUACUGAUGCAGAACCUUACGACUGGGCUGGAGAGGAGCAUAUUUUUCGCGUACUAUCAACAUCCAUACCUAAAUCCAUCUCCAUAUCUGAAGUCAGAGAAAUGAGUGUCUUAGAUGAGGAGAUGGUGGAUGCAAUGACGUGUCUUAAUCAAGACUCAUGGAAAGCGAAUUUGUCAAGCCCGUAUUACCCGUUUCGGUUGGAACUGUCUAUAGUCGGUGAUAUCCUACUUCGAGGCACCCGGUUAGUAAUUCCACGAAAACUACGAGGGGUAAUCCUUAACCUUGCUCACGAAGGGCAUCCCGGAAUAAGUGCCAUGAAACGAAGAUUGCGUUCAAAGGUUUGGUGGCCAUGUUUGGACAAAGAUGCUGAACAAUGCGUUAAGGCGUGCCGAGAUUGUCUUAUAGUGUCAAUGCCAUCAAGGCCUGCUCCGAUGCAACGACACCCGUUUCCGGAUGGACCCUGGAAAUGUCUAGCGACUGAUCUUUUGGGACCAUUAUCUAACGGUGAGAAUAUAUUAGUCCUCAUAGAUUAUUACUCAAGGUAUAUAGAAUUCAAAAUAAUCAGAUCUAUAUCAUCCAAAAUAAUUAUUGAUGAGAUGGAGGAGAUAUUUUCACGGCUAGGAUUUCCAGAGACGCUAACGACUGAUAAUGGUAGGCAAUUUGUAAGCGCUGAGUUCAAAAGUUUUUGCCACACAAACGGAAUUAGGUUAAUGCCUACACCUCCCUACUGGCCCCAGGCGAACGGCGAAGUAGAGAACAUGAACCGAUCUCUUGUGAAACGUUUGAAGAUAGCUCACGCGAAUAACGACAGCUACAAAAAAGAAAUCCAGAAAUUCGUAUUGAUGUACAAUGUUACUCCACACGGUACCACAGGCGCUCCACCGACGGAACUAAUGUUCAACAGGGUGAUAAGGGAUAAAAUUCCUAGCAUCCAGGAUCUUGUUGGCGUGAUGGCAGACUCAGAGGAAAAAGACAGGGAUCUGCUGGAAAAAGAAAAAGGGAAACAGUAUGCAGACAAAUCCAGGAACGCGGGAAACUUGGAUAUUCGAAUUGGCGACAAAGUACUUUUAAAGAACGUAGUAUUCCCACACAAAUUGACACCUACAUUUGAUACGACCACUUAUGAGGUUACUAAGCGAGAAGGAAAUGUUGUCCAGAUACUCGGGGGUGGUAAGACGUACACCAGAAACGUUGGUCAUUUAAAAAAGAUAGUAGAGACUAAAUCGUCUAUGUCGAAAAAUCCGGUGGACGUCGACGCCGACUCCUUUCCUUCAACUUCGAUAUCUUUACAGCCAACACCAGAGACUUUAAGCUCACAGGAUGUCUCGAAAUUCUAUGCUUUAACGGGACAGGAGGAUUCGAUGUCUAGUAAGCAGCAUAUACCAAACGAGGACCUGAGACUCCGACUAAAGAAAAAGGAAGGGGUGUGGCGACCUGUAUCAGCAGAGAGCGACGCUAAGGAGAAGAGUAAUGUUCUCUCCCUAUCUCCACAGUAGGUUUGGCUGGUACUUGGCCAAUCCGUUGGCAACGCCUUUAUUAGUUCCAGAGUCACCGACCAGAGCAGACGGUCAAUAAAGAAUAUACUUAUCAGUUGAUAUAAA